AUGGAGUCCUUCUUGGAGGAGUUUCAACAUCUUAAAAUCCAACUAGAAGAGAUAAAGUCAGCUACCAACAACUUUCAUAAUAGCAACAUUAUCGGUAAAGGUGGAUUUGGGGAGGUGUUCAAAGGAUUAUACUCUCACUCUAAGGGGCGACAGAUAGUUGCUUUUAAGCGUCUAGAUCGUAGACUUGGGCAAGGAGAUCCAGAGUUCUUGAAAGAGAUUCUGAUGCUUUCCCGUUAUACACAUGAAAACCUCAUCUCUCUCUUGGGAUUUUGCAACGAGGAUGGUGAGAAAAUCCUUGUGUAUGAACACGCAUCCAAUGGAAGCCUUGAUCGCCAUUUAAGUAGCCAUACUCUCACAUGGAGGCAACGUCUCAAGAUAUGCCUUGGAGCUGCAAGAGGAUUGUGCUACCUACAUGAACCCAAACAGACACAUCAACGAGUUAUCCAUCGAGAUAUAAAAAGUUCCAACAUUCUCCUUGAUGAGAACUGGAACGCUAAAAUAUCUGACAUGGGACUCUCGAAAAUUGGACCCGCUAAUCAAAAGCACACCUUUCUUGCCACCAAUGUUGUAGGAACCCCUGGGUAUAUAGAUCCGCUAUAUAUGCAUACAUAUUCUCUAACGAAAGAGUCUGACGUAUACUCUUUUGGAGUAGUCUUAUUUGAAGUCCUGUCUGGGAGACUAUCCUUUUAUUAUAACAAUGGUAGUUUUGUGAGCUUUGUGAAAAGGUGGAAACAAAGCUACAUGCAAAAGAAACUAGAUGAUAUUAUCUUUCAAGAUAUGAAGAAAGACAUGGAUCCAAGGUCACUCGAAACAUUUUCAGGAAUUGCCUAUCAAUGUUUGCAGGAAUAUCGUGAGCAUAGGCCAAAGAUGUCUCAUGUUGUUGAACAACUUGAAAUCGCGCUUAGGUUGCAGGAGAUUUCUGAAGAACCUUCGAUAGAGUAUCAAGAGAUCGACUAUAAAGAGCUAAUUAAGAGUGCGACAACCCCUGUGGUCUACACAUCCGAAGAGAAACUAAAGAUGAUUCUCUCCAAAGGAAUUUUAGUUAAUGGGGGCAAAACGCGUUUUUGGUUGAAUAAGAAUGGAGAACAUUGUGAAAUGAUAUCGGCAGCAGGAUGUUUAAUCCCUAUUAAACCUGCAUCUCCCAAAAAUUAUUGUCGAAGAAAAUCAAGAUUUAAUGUGGACUACUCUAUACCAUAUUGUUAUAAAUCCAAACUACAAGUCAGAACACAAUUUUUGUCGCCACAUAUCACAUAUACAGUAAAUCUUGUGUUCGAUUUUGACUACCCAAUUCACAACUAUCUUGGCAUCAAUUACAUAUUAGCUGGGGAGACAAAAUCAUCAACUGUGUACUUAGUAGAUGAAAGAAAAGAUGGAUGGUUGAUGGCUGAAUUGUAUCACUUUACUAUCGACAAGAGGAGAAUUGAUUUUGACAUAACGUUUGAAUGUGGAGCUCCAUUGGCAGUAGAAGGCAUUGAGUUUCUACCUGUGGAGAGAGUGGAGUAUCAAGUACUAGAGAAUGAGGAGGUCAAUAUGCAAACCAUGUCACUUACAGACAUAAAUUAUUGGAAACAAAAGUUUCCUAGUGAUUAUGAAGACAGAUACUGGGAACGAAAAUGGCCUAGUGAUUAUAAAGAAAUAAUCAACAGCUCCAAAUAUAUUAUGCGAUGGACAACAAUGAAGGAACUCUACUCUAUUUUUUGCAAAGGAUUCCCCAUUGAUGAUGGUGAAGAGUGGUUUUCUAUGACAAAAAGUGGGAAGAAACUUCAUAUGCUCUCACCAAGAUCGUCUUUGCAAAAAGGGGAGUGGAGAUGGCAGUCCUCACCCGAAUCAAGAUUUGGAGAAGUGGCUUAUGAUCCUCCUAGCAGCUUUUUGAUAAACUGCACGUCCAGAAUGAAGACCUCUUGGAGAACAUUUUCAGGUUACCUUGUUUACAAAAUACAAGAAAACCAUUCUGGUUUUGAGUCUCCAAUAGUCGUGAAUGAUUGGUAUUGUUCAUGCCCCAAAAAGAAAGGUCUUCCACAACAAAAGAAGGAUGGCUGGAUGGAAGUACAAUUAUGGGAAUCUACAUGGAAUUGUAGAUUGACGUUUUCUAAUGAUGCUUUUCUUAAGGGGCUCAUUGUGCAAGGCAUUGAGUUGGUGGCAGAAGAGGUGGUGGUGACAGAGGUGGUGAUGGUAUAA